AUGUAUCUUAAAAUACAAUAUUUGGUGAUUAUAAUCUUACUGUGUAUGGGAUCGAUUACAAUGGAGCGUAAUGGAAAUGAUCUGAAGGUACUUUCUAGAAGAAAAAGAUACGUUGCAUUUCCGGAAGGUUCCAGUUUCUCUUGUGCAGGCUGCAUGACUGUCGGUGUAAUUGGACAGCCGGCGCCCGCUACCGCCCCAGGAACCUUCACCUUCGGUCUAAAUUGGGGUAUUGCUUAUGAAUUACCUAAUAACACUGAGACCGCUCUGUUUUACCGACGCAAGAAACAUGGAAAGCCAUUAGCUCAGAGAAGAAGUAGACGAGAACUGUAUGAAAAGUUAGAAAUAAUUUUGGACAAUAUGGGAUACAGCGGACGACAGUGUAUUUUAAAAACCCUUUGUGAAACUGCACAGCGAAUCGUUCCCCAUGGCGGAAAUAUGAUAGAAGAAAUUUUCAGGACUAUGUUCACGUUACCUAUGGCCAAGGUACUUCCUUCAGAGCCCUUGGAACACACUUUAUAUGACUCAGCUCAUCGCCUUGGAGUGUUAUUAGAAUCAUGUGAAAACUUCAAAUGUCCGUUAUCAUUGGUAGAUUUGGCUAAGGGGUAUUAUAAUGCACCAGCGCCGAACGUGGACACGGCCAGAAGUCCCUGGGCAUUGUUCAGCAGUAGCUUCGGAUAA